UCGGUGAUGUCGUUGCCUAAGUUUAUUUGUUUGUGUUUGCCUUAUAAAUAGCCAAGAAAUGUGUGUGUUUGUGUGAUCUCAUAGCCAUUUUCAUUCCGUUUGCUUUGGACUCCGCGCCCCUUCCUCCUGCAAUACUCCAAGCAUCUAAAUAAAGACAGCAAAUUGUGUGUUGCGCAUUUUGCCUUUUGGCCGUAGAUUCUCAUUUGCAUAAAUAAGCCAGCCAGGCGGAGUGAUUAGUUUUCUUAAUUGUUUGCCUUCUUCGGCCUUUGUUGUUGGCUUACUUUGAUGGGUGACUCCUAACGGUGUUUUGCACUCAGGUCGUCACGCGACACACACACAUGUAUUCAAACUUGUGUAAAAAGUGCUGCCCAUGUCACGUCCCGCCAGAAACUUCUUUAAUUUCGCUCAGAAUCCGCCAACAACUUCGUCUGUUGAGGUAUUUUUGAUUUUCUAUGAAAACUUGAACUUUAAUUGCGGUAUGCCGUACAUCAACACAGACAGCGUUCAACAGUUGACCGGCUAUGUACAGGGUCAAUGGAGCGAGGUCUUGGAAUGGUCUGAGAGGCACCAACUGGUCUCCAAGUUGAGCCCACUGAUGUGUGGCCUCAUCGUGGCCACAUUCGCCUGCGCUGUAUACUUGGACAGCGCAGUGCCAGGUGUGACGCCACCCUCGCCCUUUUCGCCCCGUUCGAAACAGCUUUUCCGUCAGCAGAAGAGUGCGUCGCUUCACUUGGGAUAUCUGUGCGCUCUGUUCUCCGGAUUGCUGGUUACGAUCUUUAUGUAUUGGGGUAUAUUAGAUUUGUGGUAAAUAUGGAUGUGUGUAACGUCCAGAAGGAAUCGUUUCCGACCCCAUACAGC